CUACCUAUUUUACUUAUCAAAUUUACAAACGAUUUUUCAAAUUUUUUCUUGAAAAAUAUUUGUGACCUGUUUCCACAAGAUUGUUUUUAAACUAAUUGAUUAAAACAACUUUGUUACCAGUUUAAACCAUUGGCGAAAGGCUUGCUUCAAAAUCUUUUAAAUUACCUUUACUGAAACAGAAUAUCAUUUAAACAACGACUAGAAUGUGGACAUUUUAUUCCGUGAGUAUUUCGUGAGCUAUUUGAACUUUCUGGGAACUUGUCAACGAAUAAUGUGCUAAAAACCGGUAGAACCGGAUAAACAGGUCGAUGACCAGUUGGAAUUUGUUCUGUUCUCAUCAAGUGAUCUACUGUUGUGCUUGUCUAAAUGUAUUUUGUAACAGCGUCUGCAUUUGCGAAAUUUUCUUUUACAUUCAACUUUGAGCGUCUGCUUAAUGACCAUCCUAAAUAGAUUGCCGGAAUCUGUACCAUUAGGACUCCUCCGACUCGACUGAAUCGGAAAAACAGGUAGUAUAAGACUUUAAGCAGAUUUGCAGCCAAAAUCCCAAGUCAGUUUUCAAAGUAAAGUCGUGAGUUAUGCACACUAUUAAAUGCACACUAGGAAAUGUUCAUGUGAAUAAGAAAUUCCAUAGACGUCUAGAUCAGAAUUCAGGAGAAAUGAAAUAGUUUAGAACUGGAAUUGGGCGCACAGUUUAGAUCUUUUUCGGUUUUGUGAAAAAUUGAAAAAAAUUGGGGAGAUAUAUGUAAUGGACAAAUAUUUAGUAAGUCAUCCACUUCAUCAGAUGAAUCUGAUAAAUGGUCUAUGAGAGUAAAAAAAUCUUCACUUCGCGCAAGUGAAGACGCCCUUUGACCCUGGCAUCCUGCAACUAGACAACCGAAUAUUUACAACCAUAGUUCGUCGUUCGCCGUGGUAUGUUUGUAGUUUCCCGCUUUUUCAGCGUUUUUUCAAUGUUUCGCGGGAGACAAGCCUUUGAAGAACCAUUCGCGGCCGUCACUUUAGUUACGGCAUCACAAAUCUGCGCUAAGUGUCCAACGAGUGAAAUGAAUUUAUUGCGGUUGAAAUAUUUCAUGUAAAAUCACGCGACAACCAAAAGAAGGGAUUAAGAGAGGUAAAGCUGCUUUUCGCUUUGUUGGGAGAGGAAUGUUUUGUUUGAGUCUCGAAUACUAAUGGCUCCAGUGAGUAGGCGUGAGAGAUCGUAAAUAUUCGUGUCUCCGACAUGGUGUUUACAUGACAUGCAAGGAGGUUUUCCUAUUUUUGCAAACGGUGAUGGCCCUAAUAUCGCACAAAGGUUCAAAAUCACAGACUUUUUUCACAGUUCAACCCGUUGCGAGACAAUUUGUUUGAAAAAUUGGCAACGCCAAGUCGCCAACGCCCUAUGGACUCAUAUAGGGAACGCCCACGGCGUUAAUUAAACGUAAUAAACUGACGAUAUAAAAUUCCUUUCAGGUAAAGAAAUUUUAAAGAUGGAGGAUACAAGAAGUUUUCCUUUGGGAAUGGAAACACGCAGAAUUUUCGUCAAUCGUCGUGCAUCUCGGUAUAGCCACGUGACUUGUUUCUACAAUUCUCGUUCUUCUCGCCGCGAAAGGAAAGAAGCAUUUGGUUUGGCGUGUACGUUGAACAAAAAACACAAAAAAUGGGCGAAAGUUGUAAACUUUUCUUCGGAAAUGUUUCCUUCGAUUCUUCUGAAGACGACCUAAGAGAAAUGUGUGAAAAACAUGGUACAGUUGAAGAUGUUGUGAUUGUGAAGGAUAGGGAAACUGGCAAGUCCCGAGGUUUUGGGUUUGUUACAUUUACAAAUGCUGAUGAUGCAAAAAGUGCAAAAGAAGCUCUAAAUGACCGGGAAUUACAUGGCCGCAAGGUUAAUGUAAAUGAUGCAAAGCCACGUAGUGAUGGUGGAGGAGGAGGUGGUGGAGGUAGAAGUUUUGGUGGUGGUGGAGGCCGUGGACGUGGUCGAGGUGGACGUGGUGGUGGAGGGGGAGGUAGAGGAGGUGGACGUUAUGGUGGUGGUGGUUAUGGAGGUGGCGGAGGAGGCUAUGGAAGUGGUGGAGGAGGCUAUGGUGGUGGUGGUGGUGGUAAUUAUGGUGGUGGCGGUGGUUAUGGUGGAGGUAGUUAUGGUGCAGGUGGUGGUCGUGGUGGUUAUGCUGGUGACAGCUAUGGUGAUGGAAGCUAUAAUUAUGGUAGUGGAGGAGGCCAAUAUAACUAUUAAUAGGCCUAUGAUGACUGAAUGCCUGUUCAAAUGUCUGAGAAUAUUGAUCCGGAUUUGUUACAUAAUUGGUUUGUCCAGUCCUAUACAAGAUUUGAAGCACAUUGAACUUAGGUGGUUUGAAAGUCUGGCAGAGAACGAUGUCUAUAUCUUUUUUUUAUUUUAAUCUAAAUUGUUUCUGUUAAUAUUGUCCGAUUAAAGAUUGUCUUUUAGUUGUA